AUGGCACUGUACGAGGCCAGAGGAUGGGGGUCCGAUGAGAGGCCCAGCAAGGGCAAGCAGCGACAAGGAGAAGAUCAACACAACGUCGACGCCUGGGAUGGGGGCAAAGAACCCGAAGCAACAGAGCUCAUCACCACUCGCAUCGCUAGCGUAGCCGAGCCGAUUCUGCGCACUGUGCUAAGGUUCCUCAAGGCCUGUGGUCGUGCUGUGGCGGGCGAGCUGCAGCCGGCGCUGCACGGAACAAACGAAACCAAUCUCUCGUCCAUCUACUCUCGAGGUCUACUAAUCCCCGGUGACUCAGGAGUCAAGGUCGUGAAUGGCUCGGUGCAUGGCGUGGGAAUCUACACAGCUUACACCCAAAGCGCAAGCCUCUCCUGGAGCUAUGCCCGUGGCGCGUCUAGGCCUGUGUUGGUCUGCGGGGUUCUGGACCCCAAGGCGCGAAAGAACGGAGACUCGCGGCUGGUUACCUACACACACGCUGCGCGCAUCUUCUUUAACGAGGACAUGGUCUCACCUUUGUUCGAGGCAUGCAUUGGCGGUGGGGAUGCCACUGCAUGCAUGGCAAGCACUGCGCCAAGACCCACUGUUGCAGCCAAGAUCCGGCUCGAACCGGAACCAGCGAAGCCGAAAGGUCCUGGGCCGCGGACGCGGCUGGCGCGCACCCUUCCCCUGCGCACGACGCAGGCCUUCCUGGCCCGGCGCGCGGUGGAGCUCGACAUUCGCCUCGGCCUGUCCUCCACUCUUCUGGAACUCCUUGCACAUGGAGACAGCGCUUGGCCAAACUCACCCGUCUUCUUGCACUGUGCCAUGCAUGCGGGCUACGCCGCCAAUGGCCAGUCCUUGGAGCCAUUCCUGCUCUUGGAGGAUGAGGUGGGUUGCUCGCAGCCGCUACCCCGCUGGCGGCUGCUGCAGUGGCUGCGACAGAGCCAGGACCAAGGCCGUAAGAGCCCCCUGAGCGCGGUGUUCCUCAACUGCUGUGACUCUGAGGGCAUCGCAGGCGCUUUCAUGGAGGCGGGCGUGCCGCACGUCAUCUGCUGCCGCGGCCGCGUCUUCGAUGGGGCCUGCAAGACCUUCACCAAGGCCUCAAAUCAAGCUCUGUCGGAGUCGAGUGACCUGCUUGGGGCAUGGAACAUGAAGCUCCGCAUACAGUCUGUACUUCACCCGGCAGCGGCCGCGGAGUUUCGGCGCCUCAUCAACGAGAGAGCUUCGAGGGGUGACCUCCGGGAUGCAGCUUUCUUGUGGGCUUCAGCAGUGGAAAUCCAGCAUUACCCACCUUUGGAAACCGAUGUUCCACGAGUCCCCGAACUCCCAGGUUUGUUGCCGCCCGUCCGUCAAGUGCCAUGCACGAGCAUUCCUUGUGCUCGUUGUGAUUGCAGCCGUGGAGGGUUCCAAUUCCCAUAUGUUGCAGUCGAGUUCAAUGCGGGCGUUCUGGUCAAGGAUGGCCGUUCGGCGGCUGGAGCCUGGGAAGAUUUUCACCGCUGCGGACACCGCUUGGGUAUUGCAGAGGUUCUGUGCCUGCAAUCAGGGCUUUUGGUGGAAGACAUCUUGCCCCCCAAUGCGGCCAAGCUUAUCAAAGUUGUUCAAACACAGACCGGCCCUCGGGGAGCGACCCCGCGUGACCUUUGGCGGGCCUGGAGAAGUUGGCAUGGAGGGCAGCGCAGGUGGAGGGACCCCUGCUGGGAGCCCGUUGCCAGUCGGGAAGAAGGCCGAGCCGACGAGAUGGCAAGGAGCGGGAGAUCUUUGUGGCAUUGGCUCGGUGCAGUCGAGGCCGGAUAUUCGCCACUCUUCAGUCCAUGCGUUGUCAAGCUGUUGUCUGCAAAGACUGUAUCUCCGAAUGCCGGCUCUGCUCACAGUAAGUCCGAAGUAGCAGGAGCAGCCCUGGCAGCAGCGCUCGCCAGCCAGAUGGCGGGCAUUUAUGCUCUCCAAGCAAUGGAAGACCCUUCCGCCCAGGGAGAGACCCUGGGAGAGCCGGAGGCUGAGACGGUGGUGGACCGCAUUGCUGCGCGGUCGGUCAGUCAGUACCGUGUGCGCUACGGGCUGGAAGAUGACCUGGACUUCUCCUACGCCUUCACCAGCUGGGAAAAGGCGAGAGACGCCGGAGGGCAUGCAGUCGCGGAUGCGUGGGCAGAAGUCUGCAAUGACCGCGAGGAUGGCGCAGCCCUCGGCUUUGUGCACCAGGCAGUGGAUGCGGCGGCAGCUCGACCCGCUGUGCGCGCGGCCGUAGUCAAGAAGCUCCAGCUGGGGCGUAUGGCCAGAUCCGUGAAGGAGCGUGCCGGGCAAAGAGCCUCUGAUGCAUCGGUGCCGGACAGCGAGGCAGCGAAUGAGCUAGCGCAGUUCAUGGAGGCAGCAGGGGCGCACGAGCCUGGAGAUCGGACCGAGCGGCGCUCGGCAGACUGGAAGAACCUCCUCUCUUCCUUGGCGGAGCGCAAGGUGAAGGAGGCGGAGCGUGCGACAGUGGAUGGCUGCCUUAGGUCCCUGCGUGAGCUCCUCCACUUUCAGUUGCUCCGAGGUCGAGCCGGUGGCCUGGCGGAUGUGGACAAGAUCGACCUCUUUGCCUUCCUGGAGCAAGGUACUAAGGCCCCCGUCCGUGCAUUGAAUGGGCUCAGGUGGUUCAGCAAGCACGCUUCCCUCGAAUGGGAGCUGGCAGAUUUGCAACCCUCGAGGCCAGUGCAAGCUGGGAAGGAGGGACCUUCCCAGGCAGCGGUGGCGGAGCCUAUCAUGCUGAGCGAGCUGGAGGCUCGGGUGGUGGAUCUAUGGCAGUUUGGCGAUCCACGGUGGAAUUGCCUCCUCGGCAACUGGAUCAUCUUCGCCGGUUGCGUGCGCCACAAGCACUUGGAGAGAUCCGUGCCGAUUUCGAUCACCGGAUCUACUGUGCACUUUUGGUGUCAGAAAGGAAAACAGGCUCACAACAGGAACGGCUUUGCCUGGGCGGUGCCAUCGCACUUUAUGUCAGGGUGGCCGUGGGCCGAGUACUGGUUGGAUUCGUUCAAAGGGCUGCCGCCGAGCAAGCAGCUCAAGUGUGGCGUUUGCUUUGAUGCCCACGGGAACCCGUGGGCAAUCCACGAAGUCACCAAAAUGGCCCAAGACGAAUUCCUCGGGGUCGAACCCCCUGUCACCACUUACAGCUGGAGGAGAGUGGCGCCAUCAGUGGGACUGCUGUUGCAGCUGGAUGAGCAGUCUAUGUUGUCGCUAUCCGACUGGCAGGACCGUAGCAAGGUGCAAGGUUCGGCGGCGGCGAUGCCACUGCACUAUGCAGGCACCAAAUAUGGGUUGUCAGUGCGGAACAAGCACCUGAUCUUGGCAACGGCUUCAAGAUGCUUGGAUUUUGCAUCUUGGGACGCAGUUUCCCCGCAGCUUCUUGUCCAGGACGACCCGGCGUUGCGCAAUACAGUGGCAGAGAAGGUGCGCUUGGAUGGGGACACCGUCUGGCAGGCGCCUGCGAGCUUCCCAGGCCCUGUUCGGAAGAAGGCUUUCCAAACCACAGCACUCCACAACCGAAGGCAGAUGAGGGCGGCUACCGCAGCGGGAGGGACCCGCAGCGCGGAGGCGGAGCCUACUAUGCCAGCGCAAGCGAAUGGCAGGGUGCUUUCAGCUUUCCUGAGGAACGGGAGCAGGUUGUGCCCGAACUUUCAGCUGGGCCGAUGCAGGGACGAUGGCUGCGUGCUGCAGCAUCAGUGCGCCGCUGUCCUGCGGUCAAGUCGCGUGUGCGGAGGCAGACACGCAGGGAAGGACUGCCGCGACAAGCGGCGCAUGAAGCCUGAGGAUGUGCCACGCCCAGUCCCACCGCCCGCCAAGGCGCCUACGCUGCCAGCGCCGUCGGCCGCAGUUCGCUUGAUUCCGGCCUCUGAAGGGCGGCGAGAAGAGCCGAGUUCGAGCGACAGGCGCGAGAGUCCAUCGGCGAGCUCCAGCGGAGUUCCGGAGCCGCGGCAUCCGCCGUCUGCGGCAGCCAGGAAGCGCAAUGCAGCAGCCAUGGAAGGCCUGGAAGAGGUUCCGGUGAAGCCUAUGCCUCGGGUGCCCAAGGCGGAGAUCAAGGUCAAGAAGGCGCCGGUUGGUUUCGCAGCGAAGUCAAGGCCGGCGCAGCCAGUGCGGCCGCCUCCAAAGGCCAUGCCCCGUGCCAAGUCGGGGCCUGAAGCCGCAGGAGCCAAGCCGAAGAGCAGACCUGCAUCGGUGAGGGACACCGAUGAGAGCUUCUUCGAUCGGCUGGCGGAGCGCAGCCUGGCUUUGGGAGACACGAGGGAGGCCUUGCAGAUCCCGACCACCGUAUACCAGAGUCGUGCAGGAGGUCGCUUGCUGUUGUCCGCCCUCCCAACGCAGGACAAUCGGGCCAACUUUCCGGUGGUGGACCUCCAGGUCACAGCUAUGGAGAAGUCAGCGCCGGCGAGGAAAGGCAUCAACUUGCCCAACGCGUUGGUUCGCCAGUUCAAUGUGACCUCGUCGUAUGGGCGCGACGAGGCCUUCGCAGAGCUCUUCCCCCUCAUCAAGCAUACGCUGUGGGAGGGGCGGCACGUCUUGAUACAUUGCAUUGCUGGGAGGCAUCGGGGUGGAUCCACAGCCGUGACUUGUAGGGCAAUCUUGAUGGGAGAGUCCCUUCGGGAUGCCGAGGAGCAUGUCAGGGCCCUCCGCGACAUAGAGCUACACAAGGUUCGCUGGCAGAACCGGUCUAUUGCGGAGUGGAUGGAGAAGGCGGUGCGGAGGACCAAUUUGGGAGCGGCGCCGCCGGUGCCGGUAGCCUACAUUGCGUCCAGGAACUCGUUGCUCCACCUGGAGACUGAAGGGGGAGUGACCCUCUGUCAGCAUCGCCAAGUUGCGGGCGCUCGCAGCUUAGUAUCCCCGAUGCGCACUUCGGACAAGUUCGAAGCCUUUGCAUGGCAGAAAGAGCAGUGCAGAGGUUGUUUCAGUCUGGCCGGAGCCCGAUGGCAGUCUCCAUGA